AUGAGCAACGACUACAAAGUCGCGGAUAUUUCCCUCGCCGAUUGGGGCCGCAAGGAAAUCGCCAUUGCCGAAACCGAAAUGCCGGGCCUCAUGGCACUGCGCGACGAGUUUGGCGCCAGUCAGCCAUUGAAAGGCGCCCGCGUUGCUGGCUGCCUCCACAUGACCAUUCAGACUGCGGUUCUGAUGGAAACGCUGACAGCACUCGGUGCCACCGUGCGCUGGUCGUCAUGCAAUAUCUUCUCAACCCAGGAUCAUGCGGCAGCGGCCAUGGCGGCUGCAGGCAUUCCGACAUUUGCCUGGAAGGGUGAGACGGAAGAAGAAUUCUGGUGGUGCAUUGAAGAAACCAUCAAGGGUCCCGACGGAUGGACGCCCAACAUCAUUCUCGAUGAUGGCGGCGACCUUACCCAGAUCAUGCAUGAAAAAUACAACGACAUGCUCGACGACGUGGUUGGGAUCUCGGAAGAGACAACAACCGGUGUACUGCGCCUCUAUGAAAUGGCAAAAGCUGGCACGCUGCGCGUUCCCGCAAUCAACGUGAAUGACAGUGUGACCAAGUCGAAAUUCGACAAUCUCUACGGUUGCCGUGAAAGCCUGGUUGACGGCGUGAAGCGCGCAACCGAUGUGAUGAUUGCCGGUAAAGUGGCCGUAAUCGCCGGUUUUGGCGACGUUGGCAAAGGCUCUGCCGAAAGCAUGCGCAGCCAGGGCGCUCGCGUUGUUGUGACAGAGAUCGACCCGAUCUGUGCGCUGCAGGCGGCGAUGGAAGGCUAUGAAGUCUCUACCAUGGAAGAGAUGGCGCCACAGGGCGAUAUCUUCAUCACCUGCACAGGUAACAAAGACAUCAUUACUGUCGAUCACAUGCGGGCGAUGAAGGACCGGGCGAUCGUCGGCAAUAUUGGCCACUUCGACAGCGAAAUUCAGGUCGCUGCUUUGAAGAACUUCGAGUGGCAUAAUGUGAAACCACAGGUUGAUGAGAUUGAGUUCCCGAAUGGCAACCGGAUCAUCCUGCUGGCGGAAGGCCGCCUGCUGAACCUCGGCUGUGCAACAGGUCACCCAAGCUUCGUGAUGAGCGCUUCCUUCACCAAUCAGGUGCUGGCGCAGAUCGAACUGUGGGAAAACCACAAGAACUACAAAAACGAAGUGUACGUGCUUCCAAAGCACCUGGACGAGAAAGUGGCAACACUGCAUCUCGAAAAAUUGGGUGUGAAACUGACGACACUUUCCAAAGAGCAGGCCGACUACAUCAACGUGCCUCAGGAAGGUCCGUAUAAGCCGGACCAUUAUCGCUACUGA